CCCUAUUGUGUUAUAUUGAUAACCUCGAUACAUAUCCCAUAUAACUUACAAUACAAUCUCCAAAAUUCAUUGAGGAUUGGGGGGAAAUAUAAUACGAUCCCUCAGGAAAUAGAAAGUUAAUACGUUAAAUCGAUAAUCAAUCUGAUUCGGAAGGAAAACAAUACCUUACUUUGGACAUCAUCGAAUCUCGCAUCUUACUUUCAGCCUCUCUCCCCGCCCUUCUAAGGAAAUUUAUCACCUAUCUAGUCCCCAGUCUCGCGAUCAACCCCAAUCACCUCCUUUACUUCAACAACCUUACCUACUACUUGGGUUUGCGACUAUCUCUUUUACUGCGACCACGUCCUUUACUCCAUUCACCCUAUUCUUCAAGCCUUUCUCUUGCGACCGACCGCCUUUACUUCAACAGCUUACCUCCACCUCCUUUACUCGAUUGGCCUUGCUACGAAAAAAAACACCUACCUACCUACCGCAUACAUAAUCACAUACCAGACAAACACAAUCCGUCAAUAUGGGAAAUACAAGUAGUGCAGUGUUGGAGAAUAUUGUACAAGGGUCAAACUUUGAUCGAGAUGAGGUUGAUAGAUUAAGAAAACGUUUUAUGAAGUUGGAUAAGGAUAAUUCCGGUACUAUUGAACGUGAGGAGUUCCUCAGUCUUCCGCAAAUCUCGUCGAAUCCUCUAGCUACCAGAAUGAUUGCCAUAUUCGAUGAAGAUGGAGGUGGAGACGUUGAUUUCCAAGAAUUCGUCAGUGGACUCAGCGCAUUCAGCAGCAAAGGAAACAAGGAACAAAAGCUUCGUUUUGCAUUCAAGGUUUAUGACAUCGAUCGUGAUGGAUACAUAAGCAAUGGAGAACUAUUCAUCGUUUUGAAGAUGAUGGUAGGAAGUAAUUUGAAGGAUCAACAGUUGCAACAGAUUGUUGAUAAAACAAUUAUGGAGGCAGAUUUGGAUAGGGAUGGAAAGAUUAGUUUCGAGGAAUUCACAAAGAUGGUGGAGAAUACAGAUGUUUCUAUGAGCAUGACUUUAGAUCAAUUUUGAUUCGAAAGCAUUGGGAAGGGAAGAAGAUCAGUAAUAUAGCGAGGAAUGCAUGUUUUCACACACUACAACCCAAAUCAAAGUACAGUAUGACAUGCUCAGAUGCAGGACAUGAUAUGAGCAAUGGUUGAAACUCUUGCAGCAGAACUAGGGAUCUAGAUGCAUUGAUAUGAUGUGGUUGGUGGAUCCUCGAGACACACAUGUGUACUCAACUCAUUACAUGGAAACGAUGAUUUGUUUACAAGAUAUUCCACCACGUUUCUUCAUGUGCUCCAAGUGAAAGUGCUAUUGUUGUCCAAUAUCUUUGCGGACUAGUCGUCCAUAUUUACACAUCAAUAACCUUAACUUGAUAUCUGUAUAAAACACCGAUUUUGAAGUUUCUAUCUCAUCCUCUACUUUGAUAAAGUGCCAUCUUAAUGACUAGAUUUUCAUAAGUCAACCAAUUCGGUUGACUCUUUAUUGGUCUUGGAAUUGAGCGUUCAAAGUGUUCUUCUCGAUCCAAUCAAAAUCUACCUCAUGGUUCAACUAAGCUUGGGGACAGCAUGUAUAUACACGUGUAAGCUUACCACAAAAGUAAGGUCCUAGAGCUUUAUAUAUGGAUUAUUGUUGUGUUUAAUAAAGUUUACUCCAUGUCUAGAUAGUCCUCUCUCUCGAGUCAGGCCACUUUAUCAAAUCAUUCAAAUGGUCCGCUGAUAUCUGCAGCCCCCUUACCGGCCCGCGG